UGAAGCUAAUUCACAUAUCCCUUCUACAUCACAUUCAAAAAUAGAAUAAGAAACAAACUAUUAUUGAUAAUUAUAGUAAUAAGAGGCUUAAUAAAAAGAAUACAAUAUGGCUCGACUAUAAAACAUGACAAAUUCUUAACUAUAACAGUUUGUAUUAAUAUCUUUAAGAUUAUUAAAUUAUAGUAAUUGAUCCUUAUGGUUUAUGUUUAAGCAUAGUAAUCAUAAAAGUCAAAUAUUAGUCAGUGUUAGCAGCAUAGAUGAUGCAAUAUUUGGAGCAAAACAGUACAUAAGGCAUAAAAAUUCUGACUUGAUCUAAGUACCUUUUAAAGUGCAUCGUUUUACAUAACUCUCCAAAUUUUCCAGAGAACAAGUAUAGAAAUUAUCCACAAUAAUAACUAAGAUAUCAAAUUAAGUAAGUUGUUGCAUAUUGAUCAAGUUAUACUCUCUAAUUAAUUAUAUACCAUUUCUAAAUGCAUUCAUACUUAAAAUACUGGGCUACCUAUAAUAAUAGUAGAAGCUUAUAGUUUUAUUUACUCCAGCUUUAGUUUUGAACCAAUAUUUUUAUAUUUUAUUAUUAAAGUUGACUUUCAAUCCUUUUUUGAUACUUCCAACUUUUAUUUUUAGUUAUAAAUCCACUGGAUAGAUUAAGGAUUGA